AUGGAAACUCCAUCUUCACCUUCUUCUACAAUCACUGCUCCACCAGACUAUCAUGAGACCGCUCUGAUGUUGGCCAAACUUGCUACGGAGGCUAUGACCUGCCACUUUGCCCUCCUGCAUCAUGACAGCGUGUCGGAAUUGAUGACUGAAUGGUACUGGCCUAAUGAUGACGAGGGAAAGAAAGUUCCGCUGUCGAACUUCGAGAAUGGUACAAGAGAGUACAUAGAGGCAGCAGUGUACUCUUGGAGAGAUAAGGCCACCAAUAAGAUCUACUGGAAUGCAAGAUGCGCAUCUGACAGAUGUGGGUAUCAAGUGAAAAUCGACACGCACUAUCACCGAUUGUCUCUAGUUACCUUCAAUUACCCUCUUCGAGAAGAGCAUGAAAAAACCCACCCUAUUCAACUGGAAUGGACUUGGAGGGAACAAACAGAAUUGAUGACAAGGCUCAACUGUUCCAUUGGCGAUGGCAUUAUGGGAACAGAUUUCCACAUUCUAUUUAGAUGCUGCAACCUAUGUAACCGAGUUGGAUUCCGAUUCAGAAUUUCAAUGAACUCUCCUCUCACCCUCAUCAAUGCAAAUAUUGCUGCAUCCCUUUCUUGUACCACCACCAUCGUGACAACCACCAGUGAUCUCAGCAAAACCUUGCUACAGAACUACAACAUCGAGGCUUUGAAUCUGAUUGGCGACAACGUGUGGACCACAAAUAUGGAUAGAGGAGCUAGUGCGAAUGAGCGCCCUGAGGUGGAUUUUAUUGGCAUGUUUUGUAUUCAAGAUGUCAAAGAUUUGCUUCGCAAGCUACGGGCCUUUUUCACAGAUUCUGAGUCAUUGGACAAUGUACACGUCUCGUCAUUGCAUCUCCUCCUUUGUAAGUAUUCUCGGAUUUCUACUGGUAUCGGGUGUCGACUAAAAUUCAAGUUAGAUAUGUCUCACGUCAUCUAUGGACCUCAGGUUGGAAAUGGUUGCAUGCAGCUGGACUUCACCCGAGGCGGCCACCACUCCACGAGCGCCAAGCCUAAUCAGGAGAUUGAUGUGCUUCUGCACCAACUUUUGUACUUGCACCGUGCAACGAUUGAAAUCACUGAUUCGAGGGGUCAAGACAAUCGGCGUGGCACUGCAUACUAUGUCAAGUGCAUGCCCGGUGAUGUUCUUGAAUGCAGUAUCACUCACGCCGGCACCCUACUCUUGAUGUGGCUAGUGGACCCUAUAAGAUACAACAACCUCACAUCUGGUCUUGCCACACUCAUUCAUGAGGAGGGUCAGACUGGUAUCUGGAAAGGCUUUGGUCCAAUCUUUGUUGGUACUCGUUACAAGGCGUGUUCAAUUACGUACAUGAACUUGGCUGGCAAACAGAAGAACUCUACCGACAUCGCUCUUUACCCACUGGAGAUGACCAAAGUCAAGAUCCUACAAGCCCCAAGAUCUUGCCAGCAAGUUGUCAAUUUUAGGAACACUGUAUCCCACAGCACACAGUGCACACCUACAUUAUCAAUGAUCCAACGUGUGAACCAUGGGUACAGCAUCAAGGAAGGUAUCUGGCUGACAUCAAGAGGAGAGCCCAAAAAGCUGCCGAGGUUGCACAGAUUAGAGUAA